UAUGGUGUGUAGAUAGAUUUUCAGAUUUUAUUAAACCACAAUCUUUGACACGUUUUGUUCAUAAUCUCACUCUCCUAAAUCAACAAUCUCCUAAAUUCUUAAAUUUCCACGCCCCAAGAACCUAUAUAAGAAUACACCUUCCACAACACAAAAGAUCAUAGCAACAACAAGAUCUUAUAACUUAAGUCUUCUCUUUCUUAGAGAAAAUCAACAACUUCUUGAGAGAAAUGGAUAACUUGAAUGUUUUUGCAAACGAAGACAAUCAAGUGGAUGGUGUGAAGCCACCCCCACCCCCACCGCGAGUGUGUCCAAGGUGUGAUUCUGAUAACACUAAGUUUUGCUAUUACAACAACUACAGUGAGUCUCAACCGCGCUACUUCUGCAAGAAUUGUCGUAGAUAUUGGACUCAUGGUGGGGCUUUAAGGAACAUACCAAUCGGUGGAAGUUGUCGUAAACCUAAGCGUCCGAAGGUAGAUCAAUCUUUGGUUUCUCAAAUGGUUUCCGUUGAGAACAGAAGAGUUGAUCAUCAACCUUUCAAACAGAUUUAUGAAAACAACGAGUUUGUUCGAUCUUUUGGUGCUUCAUCUUCUUCUAUUGCUGCUGUUGUUGGUAACCAUUUCGGUUAUCUGAGUGAACUUCAUGGUGUGACAAAUUUGCUUCCAGUUCGAAGUUUUCGAAUGGAUUGCUUAGAUUUCGGUGAUGAUUCUUUUCAACAAGAUUAUCACGAUGUUGGAUCCAAUGAUUUGAUUGGUAACCCUUUGAUAAACCAAUCCAUUGGUGGAUAUGUUGAUAAUCUUAAAAGUUAUCGCAUAAAUCAAGUGGAUCAACACAAGUGGAACCAAAGCUUCAACAACACUAUGAACAUGAAUCAUAAAGCCAACGCUAGUGGAAGCAGAUGAUCUUCAUGCACUGAGAUUAAAAAGAUCAUAAACAUGUUUGUUUAGGUCUUCUUAAGAUUUGGAAAAGCAUGGUCCUUAAAUUUUAACCGUAUUACCCGUUCUCGUUAUUCCUUAAGUUAUGUUUCAAUCGUUCGUUUCUGCUUCUUUUGUUUUUAUUAGUUUUGUUUAUGGUUUAUGUUGGGUCUUUUUUUAGUUUUAAAAGUUUCAUCUUUGGUUAAUUCCCUAAAAAUUCAAAUAUAAGUUGUUUGAUCUUUAUUUCUUUUAUUAUAUAAUUAUCUAAGCGUCACUAGUUCGUUGUAUUUGAAAAUCUGCCUCUUUAUAAUUUGCUAAUAUGGUUUUCCUUGUUAUAAGUA